AUGUUAAAAAAAAAAUUCAGUAAUAUUCAUAGAAAAGAUGCCAAUCGUAACAAAGAUCGGCCCGAGGUGGUGAAAUUCAAGAAAUUUCUACAUAAUCCAAGCUCCCUUCCUGUUGUUGAGCCCAUUAAAAAAGAUCGACGACCAUCAACACCAUCGCCAAAGUUUCAUUGGGUUGAAGAGCAUCAUCAACAAAUUCUUCGUGUCGUCAAACACCACCGAUCACGAACGCCCAAUCCAAUAUCUCCUCAUUUCAAUGAUCCAUUACAUGAUCGAGAUUUUUUCCAUAGACCAGAUCGAUUUCGAGCAUUCGAAGCCAAUAACGACAUCGAACAACGUAUGCGACGAUUGCGUUUCGAAGCAGGCAUCGAUCAAUCAUCGCCACAUUUUGUUCAAAUCAUGCGAAAAUUCAAAUAG